AAUUUUUCUUGGCCAGGAGAAAAUGGAACAUUUCAAGAUUUUGGGUCUGUAAACUACACUAUGCCCUCAGGUAAAUAAAUGAUUAAAAUGUGUUACAAUUUUAAUACUAGCCUUUUUCCAGCGACUACACAAGCACUAAAUAUAUUUUAAAACUGCAAAACCUACUAACCGGCAUAUUUUGAAAUUAUUUUAAAAUGUCCGUGGUAUUGGCCUUGGUGUCCACUAUGGAAAAUUUCGCAACAUCCACUCUUUCAACUCUCAAAUAUUUUAUUUGUGGCCUCUUACUGUGCGCCGAGUACGAAAAAAGGCCAGCUUUGGAUGCACACAAUAUUGAUAUUUGGUUUCAUGCUGUACUCGAUAUGGGCGUGGCACGUGAUUUGUUCCCCUGACGCCUUUUCGUGGAACUUCGGUUUUGUGUUCCUGAACCUGGCGCAAGUGGUGUACCUGGUGUACGAGAUGCGCCCCGUCAAGUUCGACCCGGAGCUGGAAGAAGUGUACCAUACUUUGUUCGAGCCUUUCAAGGUGUCUAGACUACAGUUCAAGAGGAUGGUGUCGCCGGAUUUCGCGCACGUGAUGUCUCUCCACGCCGGCGAGGCGUACGCGAUGCAAAACCUCACCAAGACCGAUCGUCUGGGAUUACUGCUUUCUGGGAAGGUAAACGUAAUGAGUGGACAUCAGUUUCUACACCCCAUUUUGCCAUGCGAAUUUUUGGACUCUCCCGAGUUUGAAUCAAGCAGAGCCACUAUUGAUGAGAAGUUCAAGGUAUCAAUCGUAGCCGCUUCAUCAUGCCGCUACGUAUACUGGCAGCGUAGCUCCCUCGAAUAUCUGUUCGUGAAAGAGCCGUACCUAGCCUGUGUGGUGACCACACUGAUAGCUCGCGACAUAACCACGAAGUUAUACGCGAUGAACAACAAAAUAGUCACCGAGAGAGGGUCACACUUGGAUAUACGGUUGCCUAGUAUCUCCCAUGCGUUGGCCCGCAGCCCUAGGAGACUGAGGUCCGCCUGCAAGCCGCCCCCUCCGACCACGGUGCAACCGGUCCCACCCGAGAAACGACCCAAUUGCUGGACGCGAGAAGCUGACAGCCUGAUGAGUGCGGUCAAGAGGAACGGAGUGACUGCUUCCUCAUACGCGGGGGGUGACGAGGAGUUGAUGCCGCUAGCAGCCAACGAGGCGCCCGCCGCCUCGUCAGACGACCUGUCAGUGGCUGACAGCUGCCCCGAUACCUCGUCGAAGUACCACAGCUGUGAAGCCGUGGAAACUGACGAUGAAUUGAGGCAUUAAAUAUUUCUUCCAUUAUGUGCUUUAUAACUCUAUGAUUUCUUUUUAAUUUUUAAUACCCACAAUAAAGGUCUAGGUCUGCAACCUGAUGGAAAGUGAUGAUCAGGCCGAAGGCGGUUGCGAACCUCACCCAGACUCCUCAAGGAACUUUCAAUUGACAACAAUUACUAAAAUAAGCUGUUUAGUAAAACAUGUGUACUACGCCUACCCAAAAUAACUACCAAUUGAAGAAAACGCGAAAAGUUCUCAGAUUAAUUAAUAAAGGACCGAAAACGUGUGGUAGGCAUAGUCCUUCAGACUUGUUGAACUGACGAUCUGGAGAAGAUAGUGGGAAGCGCCAAACUGACUGCUACUCCUGAACAUAAAGCCUCCUGGAAAACUCAUUUGUAAUUAUUGUAGGUAUUUCAAUCCAUUUUUUUAUAUUUGAAAAAAUGCUACUCAAUAAAAUAAGUCCUAAAGCAUUAUUACCUAUGCCGACACGUUAUUUAAAAAAAUAUUAUGUCUUACUUAAUUGCUUCCUCCUUACAUACAAGUAUUACCACAGAAUAAAUUAAGUACUGUAUAGGUACUUACUUUAAGUUGUUGUUUUUAAUUAAAAUAAGAAAUUGUAGAUAAUCUUCAUAUUAUAUUAUUAAUAUUAUUGUAAGUGAUCUACUUUAUGUCGUUCAUUUGUUUUUGGGACAAAUAUAACUACAAUCUCAAGCAUCGACAGGGCGUAUGACGAGGCAUGACUUGCGUUACAUCUCUCAAUGUAAGUUAUUAUUCCUUGGUAUCAAGCUUCACGGCUUGCCAUCAAUCAUUUAUUUAUAAUAGAAUAUUUUUCUGAAAGUUUGUAUGAUUGCAAGUGGUUUUCGUUGCCCCUGAAACUUUGGAAUGUAGAGUUAUUGUAGUUAAGUAUAUGUUGUUGACUGAUAUCGAAGAAUCAAUCAUAGUUAUUUUGUUUGUUCUAAUUAACU